UGCUUUGCCUUUCCAGCCAGCAGAAGGUAGGAGGGAGCGCGUUGCAAGUGGACAGCCGCCCCAGACCACGCACUCUAGAUGAUGCAUUGGAGAGCGUGGCAUGAAGUGCUGUGGGUGAUGGUGGUGAUGGAGACACUGCUGCUGGUUGCAGGGAUGCAUUGGCUGGUCUCCUACAGAGCCCGGUGGUGUGCUCGUGGCCGAGACGACGUGAUGGAGGAGUCCGAACACUCGUCGUGGCCGCCGGUGUACCUAGUGACACCAACCUACCGCCGCACCUCCCAACUGGCUGACCUGACCCGCCUGGCACAGACCCUCAUGCUGGUGCCCGGCCUGCACUGGGUGGUUGUGGAGGAUGCCGAGGUGAGGAGCGAGACAGUGGCUGAACUUCUGGAUCGGACAGGUCUUCGGUACACCCACCUGGCCGCCACCAAGCCGCCUCACUAUAAGAAGAAGUUUUUGGGUCGCGGCGUCUUCAGCAGACGCGAGGGGUUGCGCUGGCUGAGGCAGCACGCUAUGGAGGGCGUUCUUUAUUUCGCUGACGACGACAACACCUACGAUGUCAGAAUCUUCCAUGAGAUUCGGCGGACCCAGCGGGCGUCGGUGUUCCCAGUGGGCAUGAUCCAGCAGCUGGGCAUUAGUUCCCCCGUGGUGCGAGACGGAAAGGUGGUGAAAUUCCAUGACAGCUUUCAGGCAGGAAGAAAGUUUGCUCUGGACAUGGCUGGCUUUGCGGUGAACCUACGCUUGCUGCACGCCAACCCUCAAGCCACCAUGCCGGAACGAAUCUCCUUCUUGGAAGAUGGUUUCUUAAACAUCCAUCUCGAGCUGGACGAACUGGAACCUCUCGCGUCAGGCUGUACGGAAGUGUUGGUCUGGCAUACGAGGACACAAUCUUCAGCUCCACCACUCCUAAAAAACCUACCCGAGGAAGAUAUGGACACCAACCUCGACACACUGUACCGCAACAUGCUCCGCUGACACGCUCCUCUACCUUCCCCUCUGCUCAUCACACUCUCUCAGCUCAUUGAACGUAAACAUAAACCAAAGUUCAUUGCUUUGCCAUAUGUGAUCCAUCCAUCCAUCUAUGUGUGUGUGUGUGUGUGUGUGUGUGUGUGUGUGUGUGUGUGUGUGUGUGUGUGUGU